GUGCUGGCCAUGCCCGCCCACCGCCGCCCGUUCUUCCCCGGGGUGGUGCUGCCCAUGACGAUCACGAACCCGGAGGUGACCAAAGCUCUCAUGUCGCUCAAGGAGAGCGGCCAGAAGUACGUCGGCGUCUUCUUGAAGAAGUCGAGCGGAGACCCUCUGAAAUCCGGCGGGGGCGAAGACCUGGUCAAGAACUUGAGCGAGAUCCACCACGUGGGUAGCUUCGCGCGCAUCGACAACAUGCUGCCCUUUGACGCCAACUCGGUGCAGGUUCUGAUGGUGUCGCAGCGCCGCAUCGCCAUUGACGACAUCCGCGACGAAGGACCCCCUCUUAGGGUGAACAUCAGCAACCUGGACAACCCGCCCUUUGACCCCAAGAGCAAGCUCAUCAGAGCCUACUCGAACGAGAUCGUCGCCACGUUGAGGGAGAUUGUCAAGAUGAACCCGCUCUUCAAGGACCACAUGCAGUACUUCUCGCAGCGGGUCGACAUCCACAACCCGUACAAGCUGGCGGACUUUGCGGCGUCCGUGACGUCGGCGGAUGGGGAGGAGCUGCAGCAGGUGAUGGAGGAGAUGUCGUGCGAGGCCAGGCUGAAGAAGGCGCUGGAGCUGAUCACCAAGGAGUUGGAGCUCAGCAAGGUACAGCAGACCAUCAAGGAGCAGGUGGAGGAAAAGGUGUCCAAGAACCAGCGCAAUUAUCUGUUGAUGGAGCAGCUCAAGGCCAUUAAGAAGGAGCUCGGCAUGGAGAAGGACGACAAGGAUGCCAUGAUCACCAAGUACCGCGAGCGGCUGGCUCAGUUCGCGCCCGGCAGCAUCCCUGCUAGCGUAAACGAGGUGGUGGAGGACGAGCUGAACAAGAUGUCGAUGCUGGAGAAGAACUCGUCCGAGUUCAACGUCACGCGCAACUACCUGGACUGGCUCACCCAGCUGCCGUGGGGCAAGGCUACGGAAGAGAAUUUUGACCUCGCCAAGGCGAAGCAGAUUCUGGACGAGGACCACUAUGGUCUGAAGGACAUCAAGGAGCGUAUUUUGGAGUUCAUCGCGGUCUCCAAGCUCAAGGGUGAUGUUCAGGGUAAGAUUAUUUGCUUCGUUGGCCCCCCUGGUGUGGGUAAGACGAGUAUUGGCAAGUCUAUCGCUAGAUCGCUGAACCGUGAGUUCUACCGAUUCUCGGUUGGUGGACUCAGCGACGUGGCGGAGAUCAAGGGCCACCGCCGCACGUACGUUGGUGCGAUGCCCGGCAAGAUUAUCCAGUGCUUGAAGUCGACUCAGAGCUCGAACCCUCUGAUUUUGAUCGAUGAAAUCGACAAGCUUGGACGUGGAUACCAGGGAGACCCGGCGUCCGCUCUGCUGGAGCUUCUGGACCCCUCGCAGAAUAGCGGCUUCGUGGACCACUAUAUGGAUGUUCCUGUGGAUCUUUCUCGCGUCCUCUUCAUCUGUACCUCCAACGUGACGGACACUAUCCCCGGACCGUUGCUUGAUCGUAUGGAAGUCUUGCGUUUGUCGGGUUACGACUCGCCGGAGAAGCUGGCGAUCGCUAAGGAGUACCUUGUUCCUAAAGCCCGGGAGAAGACCGGCCUCCACAACUCGGAGACGACGCCCGAGUCUCUGGGCUUGACGGACGAGGCUAUUCUGACCCUCGUGAAGCAGUACUGCCGUGAGAGUGGUGUUCGUAACUUGGAGAAGCACGUGGAGAAGGUCUUCCGGAAGGUUGCACUCGAGGUUGUUGAAGACAUCGAGAGCGCCAAGGCUGCGGAAGAGGCGCAGGAGGCUGGUGAAUCGACUGAUGUGACGAAGGACACGAAGGGAGUGUCGGAAGACAAGGAUCGUUUCCUGAUCACCCCCGAAAAGCUGUCGAAAUACGUCGGCAAGCCGGUCUUCACAUCUGAUCGCAUGUUCGACAAGCAAUUCCCGGGUGUUGUCAUGGGACUUGCUUGGACGGCUAUGGGAGGAGCUUCACUGUACAUCGAGACCACCAAGGUGUACACGAAGGGCCAUCGCUCGGGUCUGAUCACCACGGGCCAGAUGGGAUCUGUCAUGGAGGAGAGUACCAAGAUCGCACACACGUAUGCUCGAAGCAAGAUGCACGCCAUUGACCCGGAGAACAAAUUCUUCGAGGAGAACGAGGUGCACCUGCACGUUCCGGAGGGCGCCACACCGAAGGACGGCCCCUCAGCUGGCUGCACUAUGGUGACUGCUCUGCUCUCGCUCGCUAUGAACAAGACGGUGAAGCCGGACCUCGCUAUGACGGGAGAGCUGUCGCUUGUGGGCAAGGUGCUGCCGGUGGGCGGCAUAAAGGAGAAAACCAUCGCUGCCAAGCGGUCAGGCGUCAAGACGCUCAUCCUCCCGCUCGGCAACAAGCGUGACUUCGACGAGCUGGAAGACUACCUGCGCCAGGACCUGGACGUGCACUUUGCCGACUACUACGACGACGUGUAUAAGGUUGCCUUCGAGCAGGAGUAGACGAUAUCCAAUCGAUAGGCGGUCAGCUUUAUACUGGGUUAAAUAUCAAAGCGUGACCAGCGUGUGACCUGAAC